AUGCGACUUCUGACUCGGCCACCAUCGUGUGCCAUCGCUAGAGGACUGUGCCGGAACAGUACGUUUCCUCGCUCUAUCUUCCGUGCAAGCGUAUCAACGCUUCACGCCAAAAUCAACAGCCCACCACCAAGAAUCGUCAAAAGUGAAGGUUGUUGGCUAGAAACACAUCAAGGUCACAGGAUUCUAGAUGCAUCUUCCGGUGCAUCUGUUGUAUCUAUCGGACACAAUGACUCGCGAGUCAAGGAGGCCAUUGUUGCUCAGCUGGAUCAGGUAGCUUACUGCUACAAUCCCUUCUUCACAACUGAAACUGCCGAAAAUAUAUCGCGUUUUCUCACCGACUCUACAAAUGGGCAUAUGUCCAAGGUGUUUGUCGUCAGCUCAGGAACCGAAGCCGUCGAAGCUGCUUUGAAGAUCGCCCGUCAAUACUUCACAGAACUGCCGACACCACAGCCAAACCGAACUAAAUUCAUCGCGCGGAAGCAGUCUUACCAUGGAAACACACUGGGGUCUUUAUCGGUCGGAGGCCAUAAAGCACGACGAGGCGUGUACGAGCCUGUCCUCGCUACGAAUGUGUCUCACGUGUCUCCAUGUUAUCCGUAUCGAGAGAUGAAAGAGGGCGAGACGGAAGAGCAAUAUGUUAAGCGCCUCGCCCAAGAGCUCGACGAUGAGUUCAAGCGCGUGGGACCUGAUACCGUGUGUGCGUUCAUUGCGGAAACGGUCUCUGGAACGUCUUUGGGCUGUGCGCCAGCUGUACCAGGAUACUUCAAAGCCAUGAGGGAAGUAUGUGAUCGUCAUGGUGCACUAUUAAUCAUGGACGAAGUCAUGUCUGGCAUGGGUCGAACAGGUACGCUUCACGCUUGGGAACAAGAAGGCGUGGUACCAGAUCUGCAAACCGUAGCCAAAGGACUCGGUGCCGGCUACAUGCCAGUGGGCGCUUUGCUUGUCGGAAACAAGGUCGCCAACACUUUAGAACAAGGAUCAGGCGCUUUCUCACACAGUCAGACCUAUCAAGGUCAUCCUGUUGCGUGUGCAGCCGCGUAUGCUGUGCAAAUGGCCAUGAAAGAAGAUAACAUGCUGCAGAACACUCAAGAUGUUGGGAAAGUCUUGGGUGAAAAGCUUAAGGAAAGACUUGCGGGGCACAAGAAUGUGGGAGAUGUCAGAGGAAGGGGGCUCUUCUGGGGUCUCGAGUUUGUCCGAGACAAGGACACGAAGGAGCCAUUUCCUUUGGGUGAUCAAAUCGCUGGGAAGUUGCACAAGGCUGGCUUAACUUCCGAUCACGGUAUCUCGCUGAUCCCGGCCACUGGAAACGUUGAUGGCAUGCAGGGUGACAUGGUCAUUGUCUCACCCCCACUUACAGUCACGAAAGAAGAAGUUGAUAUGGUUGUGGACAGGGUAGAAAAGGUGGUAACAUCUAUACUAGGCCCAUAG